AUGACUCAGGUGCUUUUUGAUGAAGUAAAGAAUGUGCUAAGUGGAGAUAUCGUGAUUUUGGUCCCAUCAAAAGACCUUACAAUUCCCAGUUCCCCAGAGAAUGUUAACACCUUCAUAUGUUAG